GAUGUGCCUGAAUGUAUUCCAAAACUUUACCAAAAUAUCCAUCUAUAUUAUUCAAGAAAAAAAUCUAAAGCAGGAAUAGAAUGUAAUAUCUAUACUUAAAUACCUAUUUAAUCGGAUAGACUUAAAGACCAUUAUGAUUUACAAAAACAAUUUAGAAACCAAGUUUCUAGCAUAAAUCACUCUACCAUUAAAAAAUUAAUCAUUUUUGUUAAACACUUCUGUAAUUUAUGCUUAUUUAUUUCUUGUAGAAAGAAGAGGAGCUUAUGAUUGAAUGGAACUUUCAAAUAGCAUACUAAUUGAACAAUAAUUAUUAUAUAAAAAUACUAUAUUAUACAUAUGAUCAUAUAUCUUCUUUUUUUUAUACAAACUAUCAAUCGUUUUACAAAAAAUAUUUAAACAUUUUAGGAUUAGAAAUUGAAUGCUGA